AACCCUAAGAGCUCUGACAAUGGCUCGUUUAUAGCAAGCCUUCCCCUACUUCUUCGACAGCUUCUCUUCCCUCCGGGCAAAAUUACGGUGCAGGAGAAGCCACCCCAGCUGAUUUCUUUCUCUCUCCCUCUCUCCUCUUCCUCUCUUCCUAGACAGUUUCUGUUGCUCCAGAAAUACUCCUCUACUGUUCGCCGCCGCCGCCGCCGACCUGCUCGUCUGCUGCCCCCACCGCCAACUGCCGCCGAUGCAAAACCUUCCCGACGGUUUCUUUCACUCUUCCUGUCUCUAGACAGAAAUUUCUAUCACUUCAGAAAAUACUCCUUGGCCGCCGUGCUCUUCGUCUUCAAGGUCGUGUUUGUUGAUUUGGAAAAGAAGGUUGAAGCCAUGAUAGUGAGCAACAAUUUAAGCCAUAAAACCCACUACGAGAUCAUCGGUGUUAAGGAAGAUGCAAGCCAAGAAGAAAUCCGCAAAGUUUAUCGAACUGCCAUCCUCAAUCAUCAUCCAGAUAAAGUGCAAUCGACAUGUGAAGCUGAUUUAGGGAAUGCGUUUAUAGAGGUACAAAAGGCAUGGGAAAUCCUCUCAAAUCCAAGAUCGCGAGCACUUUACGACAAUGAAUUACAAACUUUGAGGCAAGACGUGAACAUAGAAGAUGUGAGCAUUGAGGACAUGACCGUCAAAGAUGAUGGCGUUGAUGGGAAUUGCUUUGAACUCUCCCACCAUUGCAGAUGCGGUGACACUUUCUCUCUCGAUUCUUCCGAGUUGCAGGAAAUAGGUUGCCUGGUUUCAAGAAAUGGGUGCCAAGUUCUUCUGCGAAUUCCGGGAUCUUCGCCUGCAUCUAUCAUUCUUCCUUGUGGAACUUGCUCUCUCAAAGUCAGGUUACUCAUUGAUUCCAAUAUUACACUACAUAUUUAGUUUUUUACGACACUUUGCAUUUGCAAGUGACGGACAGGAUUCUUGAUUUAUGUCGGGAAUGUGGCAUCGAGGAGGUCGAAGAUUUAUUAACCAACCGGCCCGGAACUUGUUAAGGACGAAGCCAGCCGGGUACAAGUACUGGGGGAAGGUAUUUAUUACGUUCAUAUCUUUGUUCAUGAUUGUAUUGAGGUUUGCUUUUUCGAGUUUUAGAUUUGAAUGUUUUUAAUGGAAGAUUUAUACUAGAAUAGAACGAACAAUAGUUUUGAAUAGAAAUUUACAUAUAAUUAAGUUGUUGGAGGUGAUGUUUGUUUUUGGUAAGUAUUCUUGGAUGGAUAUUUUUAGUGAAAAAUAUUAGUCAGUCAAA